AUGAGCCUAGAUCGCCAGAAGGCCACCCCAGCAGAUGAGACGAAAACUUCAGAGAACGACAUUCUACCUCCUCGCUCUCAAUUUCCCUCGUCGCCCGAUCUCAUGAAGGGAAGAGGCCCCGAUACGACACCAUUUCUCGUUGAUCUCAAAUGCAGGAUAUCCGAACCAGUGGUCGCGGCGUUUUUUGCCGGAGGUGUCGCUGGUGCUGUGUCUAGGACGAUCGUGUCACCUCUCGAACGUCUUAAAAUUCUACUCCAGAUUCAGUCAGUCGGUAGAGAAGAGUACAGGCUGUCUAUAUGGAAAGCCCUUGUAAAAAUAGGCAAGGAAGAGGGGUGGAAAGGAUACAUGCGAGGGAACGGCACGAAUUGCAUCCGCAUCAUUCCCUAUUCUGCUGUCCAGUUUGGAAGCUAUAACUUCUAUAAGCGAUUUGCUGAGCCUAGUCCGGGUGCUGAUUUGUCCCCCAUGAGACGUCUCAUCUGUGGGGGAGCUGCUGGCAUAACAUCAGUAACUGUCACGUACCCAUUGGAUAUUGUUCGAACGAGGCUGUCCAUUCAAUCGGCUUCUUUUGUCGCGCUUGGGGAUCGGGGCAACAGUACCAAGCUUCCCGGCAUGUUUCGAACCAUGAUUUUGAUAUAUAGGAACGAAGGAGGCAUUGUAGCACUUUACCGCGGCAUAACCCCGACAGUUGCUGGUGUUGCGCCAUAUGUCGGCUUAAAUUUCAUGGCAUAUGAAUCUAUCCGAUCAUAUUUGACUCCUGAGGGCGAGAAAACCCCCGGCUCCAUGCGUAAACUGCUUGCUGGUGCCAUCUCAGGGGCAGUCGCUCAGACAUGCACAUAUCCCUUUGAUGUUCUCCGACGGCGUUUCCAAAUAAACACAAUGUCUGGACUCGGUUACAAAUACAAGUCUAUCUGGGAUGCAGUAAGAGUCAUCAUAGCCGAGGAAGGCCCCCGCGGACUUUUUAAAGGAAUUGUGCCCAAUCUUCUUAAAGUCGCCCCCAGCAUGGCCAGCAGUUGGCUAAGCUUUGAGUUGACGCGCGACUUCCUUGUGUCUCUCGAUGAACAUUAA